AUGGCUCUCAGGCCCUUACACCACCCGAAGAUCGUUAAGAAGCAUACCAAGAAGUUUCGUAGGCAUCACAAUGAUCGGUACAUGCGUCUUGGUGUGAAAUGGCGCAAGCCGAAAGGUAUCGACAAUCGGGUGCGCCGGCGCUUCAAGGGGCAGAUGCGCAUGCCAAAGAUCGGUUAUGGCUCUGCCGAGCGGACCCGUCACAUCCACCCUGAUGGCUUCAAGCACAUUCUAGUUCAUAACGUUAAGGAAUUGGAAGUUCUUCUGAUGCAGCACAGAACUCACGCUGGCGUAAUCGCUAGGACAAUUGCGAAGAAGAACCGUGUUAAGAUCGUGGAAAGGGCAAAGGAGCUAAACAUUCGCCUUGUGAAUCCGAACGCCAAGAUAAGGCAGACUGAAAAUGAGUAG